AUGGUGAUAACAGGCAUCUCCUCUCCAGCAUUUUUGUUUUACAGAAAGGAUUGCAAAACCAGAAAAUCGCGGUUGAUAAACAAGGACUGCAGAGUAAUCGAGCCUUACUUGGCUGCCAAUCAGUAUAUGGAGUUCACGAAUGCAAUCGGGCUCGAAGGGAAAUUCUACGCCAUUAGCCGGCAGGGGAGUCUUGCUGUAAUCGAAUACAAAGAUGAUGAUGAUUGCAGGGAUUAUGAGAUUACUUGCUUGGGAAAAAACCGGGCAGUUCAUAAAAAAGCUUCGAAACACUUUAGGGAGUACUUGAUUGAGUAUAAAGAUGAAUCUUUUUGGGGUUCGGUUGAUGUGGUGGAUGAUGUUGAGGUUUUCAGGCUAGAUAAAUCGAGGUUGUUUUGGGAGGCAGUGGUGGAAAAGUUGCCGGAGGAUGCGGUGUUUUUUGUCGAGGAUAAGUGUUGUUUGGGGAUUCCGGCGAGUUUGUUGGGGUGCAAAAGUGGGAGCAAUUGCAUUUACUUCACUCACAGUGGAGUCGAGUCUUGGAUUUUGUGGCGGCCGUUACUUGGAGUCUACGUGAUAAACCCUAAAAUUCCCCAAAUAAAACUCCCCUUCGAUUGCAUGUGCAGCAAAAUCCAAUCGCAAUUCGCAGGCGAGAGUAUGGGUUUGAUGAAGAAGAAGACGAAGAAGAAAGAACGAAAAUCAUCCCAAAAUAAGGUCGGCGGACAGGAACAACAAACGCCGUGGCUAAAUCUCCCCUUCACCGGCUACGCAUUUCGGCGGCGGCAGAAGAUCAUAAUGGACCACAUAUCCGGCGCCGGCGGCGUCACCAAGUCAUGGCUUGUCCAAAUCAACAUCCCUCCCGACAUCAAACAAACCCCCGUCCCCAAAAAUUGGGAUUAUUGGAACCACUGCAAAUCCGCCAUAAAAGGCUACUCCCAUAAAAUUGAAGUGGUUUUGUAUACGAAUUCCAUGAUCUCUUGUAACGGUAAAGACAUCCGUUGGAUCCCCAGCGUGCCCUUCCGAGUCGCUACCUUCUCAUCGGUGCCCGAUUAUUGGAAGAAGGAAGGUAGAGGAAAUUGUAUUUUGAGCCUUAUGGUGGUAACAGGCAUAUCCUCUCCAGCUUUUUCGGUUUACAUAGAGGAUUGCUACACCAAAAAAUAUCGGUGGAUAAACAAGGACUGCAGAGUAAUCGAGCCUUACUCGGCUGCCAAUCAGUAUAUGGAGUUCACGAAUGCAAUCGGGCUCGAAGGGAAAUUUUACGCCAUUAGCCGGCAGGGGAGUCUUGCUAAACACUUUAGGGAGUACUUGAUUGAGUAUAAAGGUGGAAUCUUUUUGGUUCUUUUGGUGUCGAGGGGUUCGGUUGAUGUAGUUGAUGAUGUUGAGGUUUUCCGGUUGGAUAAAUCGAGAUUGUUUUGGGAGACGGCGGUGGAGAAGUUGCCGGAGGAUGCGGUGUUUUUUGUCGAGGAUAAGUGUUGUUUGGGGAUUCCGGCGAGUUUGUUGGGGUGCAAAAGUGGGAGCAAUUGCAUUUACUUCACUCACAGUGGAGUCGAGUCUUGGUUUCGUUUCGACAUGGAAACGAGCUGCAUUACGGCUACAGCCGGACCCGAACUCGAACUUGAUCUUCUGAUCUGA